AUGUCUUUUCGUUCGGAUGCCAAGGGUGACGACGAUGCCGCCCUCAUUCGUUUCUAUCGAACUCUCGAACAUGACAACGACACAAUACGGAUCUUCGAUCACGGCGAGUACUAUGCUGCGUACGGCGCGGAGGCCGAAUUCAUCGCCAGAACCGUUUUCAAAACAACCUCAGUCCUCCGAUACUUAGGACGGAGCGAAACGGGCGGCCUUCCCAAAGUCCAAUUGACGGUGACGGUAUUCAGGAACUUCCUACGCGAAGCCUUGUUCAGGCUUAACAAGCGAAUUGAAAUAUGGAUUUCUCUCGGCGCAGGUAAGGGAUAUAAGAAGGUCAAGCAGGCUAGUCCCGGCAAUUUGCAAGAAGUGGAGGAUGAAUUGGGAAGUGUGGGUGGCCUCGCGGGGAUGGAGUCGGGAGCGCCAAUUAUUCUAGCUGUGAAGAUCAGCGCCAAGGCUGGAGAGGCCAGAAACAUCGGUGUCUGUUUUGCGGAUGCCAGUGUGCGAGAAUUGGGUGUCAGCGAGUUCUUGGAUAAUGACGUGUAUUCGAACUUUGAGAGCUUGGUCAUCCAACUUGGUGUCAAAGAAUGUCUCGUGACGACAGAUCUGAACAAAAAGGAUCUAGAGCUGGCAAAGAUCCGUACUAUUGCUGAUACUUGCGGGAUUGCAAUCUCUGAGCGGCCUGUUGCGGAUUUUGGCAUCAGGGAUAUCGAGCAGGAUUUGACCAGACUGCUGCGAGAUGAGCGCUCUGCAGGGACUUUGCCUCAGACGGAGCUGAAGCUCGCUAUGGGUGCCGCUUCGGCGCUCAUUCGGUACCUGGGAGUCAUGUCGGACCCCACCAAUUUCGGACAGUAUCAGCUCUAUCAGCAUGAUCUGGCAAACUUUAUGAAGCUUGACGCGGCGGCGUUGAGGGCGCUGAAUCUCAUGCCUGGUCCGCGGGACGGAUCGAAAUCAAUGAGUUUAUUCGGGCUAUUGAAUCAUUGCAAGACCCCUGUUGGAAGUCGGCUUCUGGCGCAGUGGCUGAAGCAGCCGUUGAUGGACCUUGGGGAGAUUGAGAAACGCCAGCAACUUGUUGAGGCAUUUGUUACGGACACAGAGUUAAGGCAGACCAUGCAGGAAGAGCAUCUGCGGUCUAUUCCGGAUCUUUAUCGAUUGGCGAAACGCUUUCAGAGAAAACAGGCAAACCUGGAAGAUGUGGUGCGUGUGUAUCAAGUCGCAAUCCGCUUGCCUGGAUUCGUGAACUCGCUGGAGAAUGUCAUGGAUGAGAAAUACCAGACUCCGCUUGACAGCGAGUAUACGACCAAGAUACGAAAUCACUCAAACAGUUUAGCGAAGCUCGAGGAGAUGGUUGAGACGACGGUGGAUCUGGACGCACUCGAGAACCAUGAAUUCAUCAUCAAGCCCGAAUUUGACGACAGUUUACGAAUCAUCCGCAAGAAGCUAGACAAAGUCCGGAGUGACAUGGAUCUGGAGUAUCGCACUGUAGCUCGUGACCUGGACCAGGAGAGAGAUAAGAAGCUUUUCCUUGAGAACAGUAAUAGGCACGGCUGGUGCUUCCGGCUGACUCGCAACGAAGCGGGUUGCAUUCGCAACAAGAAGGGCUAUCAAGAGUGUUCCACACAGAAGAAUGGAGUCUACUUCACAACGUCGACGAUGCAGUCUCUCCGUCGCGAGCACGAUCAGCUUUCAUCCAACUACAAUCGCACGCAAACAGGCUUAGUCUCUGAGGUUGUCAACGUUGCUGCCUCUUACUCUCCAGUCUUGGAACAGUUGGCUGGCGUACUUGCCCAUCUCGACGUUAUUGUGAGCUUUGCCCACGCAUCUGUUCACGCACCUACAGGGUACACUAGACCCAAGAUCCAUCCCCGAGGCACAGGCAACACCGUACUGAAGGAAGCGCGCCACCCAUGCAUGGAGAUGCAAGAUGAUAUCUCCUUCAUUACUAAUGACGUUUCACUGAUCCGCGAUGAGUCGUCAUUCUUAAUCAUCACCGGUCCCAACAUGGGCGGCAAAUCGACCUACAUCCGCAUGAUUGGGGUCAUCGCCCUUAUGGCUCAGACUGGUUGCUUCGUGCCUUGUACUGAGGCCGAGCUUACUAUAUUUGACUGCAUACUUGCCCGGGUUGGAGCCAGUGAUUCACAACUCAAGGGUGUCUCGACCUUUAUGGCCGAGAUGCUGGAAACUUCCAAUAUCCUCAAGUGCGCAACGUCGGAAUCCCUUAUCAUUAUUGACGAGCUGGGUCGCGGUACAAGUACUUACGACGGGUUCGGUCUUGCUUGGGCCAUUUCUGAGCAUAUUGUUACCGAGAUUCGCUGCUUUGGGCUUUUCGCGACUCACUUCCACGAGUUGACGUCUCUUGCGGAUAGGUAUCCCAAGUCUGUGAAGAACCUGCACGUCGUCGCCUUCAUCGGAGAUGGUAUAUCUACGGAAGAGGAGAAGUCUAAGAGCAAGUCCCAGCAAAAGGUCACGCUCCUUUAUCGCGUGGAACCAGGAAUCUGCGACCAGUCGUUUGGUAUCCACGUCGCCGAACUCGUUCGCUUCCCAGAGAAAGUAGUGAACAUGGCACGGCAAAAGGCUGAAGAAUUGGAGGACUUCACAACCGCAGAAUCUUCUGAUAAGCCCUCGUCUACAGCAAUCGAUAAGUACUCACAGGAGGAAGUCGAAGAAGGUAGCGCCUUGCUCAAGGCGAUGCUGCUUAAAUGGAAAGCCGCUAUUGAGGAUCCCGAGAAGAACUUGACUGCAGAGGAGAAGCGGCAGAUCAUGCGGGACUUGGUGAAAGCUGAUCCGAAGCUACAAGCGAACCGGGUGUUCCAAGGAAUCAAAGCGUUGUAA